UCCCCAACAAAUUCCCCAACCAAUAAAAACCUCUUCCUUUUCCCUUAAUUGCUUUGGGUCUCACACCCUCUCCAACUCCUUUCUUUGCAAUUUGGAUCCUCUACUGCACGCUCCUACAGUAGAUGAUCAAAGUUGAUCCUCUUCUUAGAGAAUCAUAUUUUAUUCAUUAUCGUACAAUCAUGGUUUCAGAGACGGCACAUUCAAAGAAUGUGUGUGUAAUUGGAGCAGGGCCAUCCGGUCUAGUUGCGGCAAGAGAGUUAAGAAAAGAAGGUCACAAAGUGGUUGUGUUAGAACAAAACCAUGAUGUUGGAGGACAAUGGUUAUAUGAUGAAAAGAAUGUAGAAGGGGAAGAUCCUUUAGGAAGAAACCCUUUUCUAAAAGUGCAUAGUAGUGUUUAUAACUCUUUAAGGCUAGCAUCUCCAAGGGAAAUCAUGGGGUUCACAGAUUUUCCAUUUUUGAUGAAGAAAGGUAGAGACAUGAGGAGGUUUCCUAGCCAUGUGGAACUACUUAUGUAUCUAAAGGAUUUUUGUGAGUGGUUUGGGUUAAGAGAUAUGAUUAGGUUUAAUACAAGGGUUGAUUAUGUGGGAAUGUUGGAUUAUAGUGUUUGUAGAAAUGAUUUGAAGUGGGUUGUUAGAAGCAAAGAGAAGAAUAGUGAUAAAAUGGUUGAAGAGGUUUUUGAUGCAGUUGUUGUAGCCACUGGUCAUUACUCUCAACCAAAAUUGCCAUCCAUUAAAGGAAUGGAUACAUGGAAAAGAAAACAAAUGCAUAGUCAUAUUUACAGGAUCCCUGAACCAUUCCGUAAUGAGAUAGUGGUGGUGGUUGGAAAUUCCUUUAGUGGACAUGAUAUAUCAAUAGACCUAGUGGGAGUAGCAAAUGAAGUUCAUAUGAGUUCAAGAUCACUUAAUAUAUCUGAGGGAUUAUCUAAAGUCAUAUCCAAAUAUGACAAUUUUCAUCUUCACCCACAGAUAGAAAGCCUUGAAGAGGAUGGAAGGGUCAUUUUCUUGGAUGGAUCUUGCAUUAAAGCAGACUCUAUUUUGUACUGUACAGGGUACUCCUAUUCAUUCCCUUUUCUUGACACCAAAGAAAUGGUGGUUGUUGAUGAUGGCAGAGUGGGGCCCUUGUAUGAACACACUUUUCCCCCAUCUCUUGCUCCAUCCCUUUCCUUUAUAGGAAUUCCAAAAAAGAUCCUAGGAUUCCCUUUCUUUGAAGCCCAAGCAAUGUGGAUAGCUCAAUUGCUUUCUGGGAAAAAAGCAUUGCCAUCAAGAGAUGAAAUGAUGAAAUCCAUCCAGGAGUUCUACCAUUCAAGGGAAAUAGCAGGCAUUCCUAAGCAUUGUACUCAUGAUAUUGGAGACUUUGAGUAUUGUGACAAAUAUGGUGAGAAUGUAGGACUCACACCAAUAGAAGAAUGGAGAAAAAGUUUGUGCAUUUCAUCAUUAAUUAACGCUGAUGCCAACUUGGAGACAUAUAGAGACUCAUGGGAUGAUGAUGAGCUGCUUCAAGAGGCCCUCCAAAGUCCUCACUUUACUCAACUUGGACUUGAAGAUUGAUUCUCUUCUCCAAACCAAAAAUAUUUAAACAUAAAUUAUAAAUAAAAAAAGUUGAGUCUAAUAACUAUGCCAUGUAAAACAAGUUUUACGCAUGUGUUCAAUUAUAUCUUAACUUCCUUUGUGUUGUGUCAUUAUAUUCCCACAUAAAUAUCUAUAUUGUGAUAUAUACUUGGGUAUUGGUGCUUGACCCAAAAAAUAAUUGGAUAUUUGUGUAAAAACUAUUACAUUUUGUUGACACAUCCUAAGAAAAUACCUUAUAGUGUCUAUUCAAAUAAUUUGAUUAAGUCAAUUAUUUA